UAUGAAAUCGACUGAACGUACGAACCGAAAACUUAGUAUCACUCGUUACUACCUUUAGCUAUGUCCCAAAACACUACUCAGUAGCCUAUCGACUUGCUGUCGGGCCACGCCUGAAAUUUCAUGGGCGGAGGAAGAAUGCAACUUUUCCGAGAGCUAAAAACUGUCCUUUGGUGCCACUGAGUUGCGGUGCCGAGCGCGGAGUGCGAGAGGGACCAAACAGGCAUGGCUGGAGUCGCAUCUACGCUGGCCAAAAAGCGGGCACUUGCCGCUGGCUUCGGUACCAACGCGAAUGCUGAUAAAUACCUGAACCAAGACUUUGAGACGCUGAGGAGCCAGUGUCUCAGCCGAGGCGCUCUCUUUUCGGAUCCUACUUUUACAGCCGCGCCGGAAUCUUUGGGUUUUAACGAGCUUGGACCGCGCUCGUCGAAAACUAGAGGCAUUCAAUGGAAAAGACCAGGCGAACUCGUCUCACGUCCGAAGUUCAUCGUUGGCGGAGCCACAAGGACCGAUAUCUGCCAGGGAGCCCUAGGUGACUGCUGGCUCCUGGCCGCCAUCGCCUCUCUCACGCUCAAUGAAGAUGUUCUGGCCAGAGUUGUCCCUAGUGGACAGGGCUUUGGGGACAACUAUGCUGGCAUCUUUCACUUCCAGUUCUGGCAGUUUGGGGAGUGGGUGGAUGUGGUGAUUGACGACAGGCUGCCCACCAAAGACGGGGAGCUGCUGUUCGUCCACUCAGCCGAGGGGUCUGAGUUCUGGAGCGCCCUGCUGGAGAAGGCCUACGCCAAGGUGAACGGCUGCUACGAGGCUCUGUCCGGGGGCUCCACCACCGAGGGCUUUGAGGACUUCACCGGCGGCAUCGCGGAGAACUACGACCUGAAGAAGGCCCCGUCCAACAUGUUCCAGAUCAUCCGGAAGGCCCUGGAGGCCGGCGCCCUGCUGGGCUGCUCCAUCGACAUCACCAGUGCUGCGGACUCCGAGGCCAUCACCUAUCAGAAGCUGGUGAAAGGGCACGCCUACUCUCUGACCGGCGCUAUGGAGGUGGGUUACCGUGGACGCCGGGAGAAGCUGGUGAGGGUGCGGAACCCGUGGGGGCAGGUGGAGUGGACUGGAGCCUGGAGUGACAGCUCGUCUGAGUGGAACCAGGUCGAUCCUUCGGAGCGGGACAACAUCAGAGCCGACGAUGGAGAGUUCUGGAUGUCAUUUACAGAGUUCCUGCGGCAUUACUCACGCCUGGAGAUCUGCACUCUGACCCCAGACGCUCUGACCAGUGACAACUACAAACACUGGAGCAUCUGCAACUACAACGGCAGCUGGAGGAGGGGCUCCACUGCAGGGGGCUGCCGGAACCACCCCUACACGUUCUGGAUGAACCCCCAGUUUAAGAUCACCCUGGAGGAGGAGGACGAUGACCCGGACGAUAACGAGGCGGGCUGCACCUUCCUGGUGGGACUGAUCCAGAAGAACCGGCGUCGCCUGAGGAAGAUGGGCCAGGACAUGAACACCAUCGGCUUUGCCAUCUACGAGGUUCCACCCCAGUUUCGCGGGCAGAGGGAGGUGCACCUGGAUAAGAACUACUUCAUGACGCACGGGCAGAAGGCGCGGUCCGAGACCUUCAUCAACCUGCGCGAGGUCAGCACGCGCUUCAAAAUGCCCCCUGGAGAGUACCUCAUCGUGCCCUCCACCUUCGAGCCGCACAUGGACGGAGAUUUCUGCAUCCGCGUCUUCUCCGAGAAGCAGAGUGAAACUCAGCCCUGCGAUGACCCAGUGGAAGCAGAGCUGGAUGACGAGAUUGUAUCUGAGGAAGAAGUGGAUGCCGGGUUUAGAGGCCUCUUCACUAAACUGGCUGGAAGUGACAUGGAGAUAUCUGCAGUAGAGCUGAAGACUAUCUUCAACAAAAUCAUCGCCAAACGUUCUGACAUAAAAACGGACGGAUUCAGUCUCGACACCUGUAGGAUCAUGGUCAACCUCAUGGAUGACAGCGGUAACGCAAAGCUGGGGAUCGGUGAGUUUGCCACCCUGUGGAAGAAGGUACAGAAGUACCUGUCGAUCUACAAGACGAAUGAUUUGGACGGAUCAGGGAACAUGAGCACACCGGAGAUGCGCAUGGCUCUGAAGGCCGCAGGUUUCAGUCUAAACGACACUAUUCAUCAGAUCCUGGUGGCCCGCUACGGUGAACCUGACAUGACCAUGGACUUUGAUAACUUUGUGUCUUGCCUCAUGCGUCUGGAGAUGAUGUUCAAAGUCUUCAAGAAGCUAGAUGUGGAUCAGAGUGGUUCCAUAGAGCUGGACUUCUUUCAGUGGCUGUCAUUUUCUAUGAUCUAGAAGACCUCGGCACAGAAGUUACAGGCCAUUAUACUGAUCAUUUCAAUAAGGUUUUGUCAUAAGAGUUUUUAAGAUUUUACUGCACUAAAGUUGUAUGACGUAUUAUAAAUGCUGCAUAAUGUUGUAUGUUGGACAGAGAUCAUCAUCUUUUGUAAUGCUGACAUGACCAGACCGCAUAAAUAAAAGUUUCAGUCAUGCUAUGA